GAGUGUCUGCCCUGUGUGCUGGGAGCCCCAGCCUGAGCCAGAGCCUGGAAGACCCUGUCCAUGGCCAGAUCCCCCCGCCGCGCCGGGGCCCCGCGACUGCAGCUGCCCCUGCUGUGCCUCCUCCUCCAGGGCGCCACUGCCAUCCUCUUUGCUGUCUUUGUCCGCUACAACCAUGAGACGGACGCGGCCCUCUGGCACUGGGGCAACCACAGUAACUUGGACAAUGAAUUUUACUUUCGCUACCCAAGUUUCCAGGAUGUGCAUGUCAUGGUGUUUGUGGGCUUCGGCUUCCUCAUGGCCUUCCUGCAGCGUUAUGGCUUCAGCAGCGUGGGCUUCACCUUCCUCCUGGCUGCCUUUGCCCUGCAGUGGUCCACACUUAUCCAGGGCUUCUUCCACUCCUUGCACGGAGGCUAUAUCCAUGUCAGCGUGAACAGCAUGAUCAACGCUGACUUCUGUGCUGGGGCUGUGCUCAUCUCCUUUGGUGCCAUCCUGGGCAAGACUGGGCCGGCUCAGCUGCUGCUCAUGACUGUGCUGGAGGUGGCGCUGUUUGGCAUCAAUGAGUUUGUGCUCCUUAAUCUCCUACAGGUGAAGGACGCAGGAGGCUCCAUGACUAUCCACACUUUCGGGGCCUACUUCGGACUGGUGCUCUCACGGGUCCUCUACAGGCCUCAGCUGGAGAAGAGCAAGCAUCGCCAGUGCUCUGUCUACCAUUCGGACCUCUUUGCCAUGAUUGGGACCAUCUUCCUGUGGAUCUUCUGGCCCAGUUUCAACUCUGCACCCACCACACUGGGGGACGGGCAGCACCGAACAGCCCUCAACACAUACUACUCUCUGUCGGCGAGCACCCUCGGCACCUUUGCCAUGUCAGCCCUCGUUGGGGAGCGUGGCCGGCUGGACAUGGUCCACAUCCAGAAUGCCGCACUGGCUGGAGGGGUUGUGGUAGGGACAGCAGGUGAAAUGAUGCUGACACCCUUUGGGGCCCUGGCAGCUGGCUUCCUGGCUGGGACAGUCUCCACGCUGGGCUACAAGUUUUUCACGCCCAUCCUCGAGGCAAAAUUCAAAGUCCAAGACACAUGUGGUGUUCACAACCUUCAUGGGAUUCCUGGGGUCCUGGGAGCCCUCCUGGGGGUCCUUGUGGUCGGGCUGGCCACCCAUGAAGCUUAUGGAGAAGGCCUAGGCAGUGUGUUUCCGCUCAUAGCCAAAGGCCAGCGCACUGCCAUGUCUCAGGCCAUGUACCAGCUCUUCGGGCUGUUUGUCACUCUGAUGUUUGCCUCUGUGGGUGGGGCCCUCGGAGGUCUCCUGCUCAAGCUGCCCUGCCUGGGUUCCCCGGCAGACUGCCAGUGUUAUGAGGACCAGGUGUACUGGGAGGUGCCUGGGGAGCAUGAAGAUGCAGCCCAGGGACCCCUGAAGGCGGAAGAGCCAGAUACCCAGGCCUAACUUGCUUCCAGUCCUCGAGAGGACGAGAGGAUGCUCUUGUUUUAGGAGAUGGUGACUGGCUGCCAUAGGGAUGUUCUUUUCUAGCUCCUGACUCUCCUGAUACAAGAAAGGCUGAGAGCUGCCUGGGGUACUGGGCACAGGGCGGUGGAAGGGGCGGCGAUGGGGGGAAGCCGCACCUGGCCCAGGUUGGGGGGAGAACUCACAUCAACCCCACCCCACCCCUGGGCCUGUGAGCGAGGUUUUGGGCACAGCAAUUACCAUGAGGUGUGAGCCAGGCCCGGUGGCUGUUGGGGUGAUAAACACCACCUAUACCAAG